AUGGAACAACUACAAGAGAUUGCACAAGAGUCGCUGGCCCUUUCCCAAAGUGCACUUGCUCGUUUGGACUCGUGUUUAGAGAGACAGCGAAGAUUAUACGAAUCUGGAUUCCCAGACCAGUGUCUCUCCGACAAAUCUAGCACAAAUAUGGCACAAUAUUACGAAUACAUUGGUCAGUUAUAUUCACUUUACACCAAAGCUCAAAAGUUGAGUGACACCGUCAUCCUUAGCGAUAGCAAAUCUCUAAGUUCUGUUCAACAGCGCGCUAUUGAAAACUUAAUACAGGAGUUCCAAGAGAUAGCCAAGAAUGACGAAAACUUUAUUUCAUAUAGCAUGAGAGAGUCGCCCAACUCUAUGUCAGUACAGAGCAUCUGCUCUUUUCAACCAAAACCUUUGAAGAUUCUGCAAAGGAGGCAAGCGCAAUUGGAAUCUCCAACAAAGAGAAGUUUCCGCCCCAGCAUGUCUCUAUUGGAUAAUCGGGGUGAUGAGACCAACCUUGCCACAGCUUCGGAUCGCUCCCAAGAAAGGCUUUUAGGCUCUUCACCUUCUAGCAUACACUUCUUUCGUCCAUCACACACAAACGCGGAUACGCUUUUUAUUAGGAGCGCCAAAUCUUGCGACGCAGGACUGAAUAGGCGAAGCAACCCCCAUGAAAACAGGCUCAAUUUCUUCAAAGACAGGCAAAGACUAUCAAUAUCUUUCAUAGAAGAUGAAGAAGAUGUAUCGGACGAAGCGACCGUUAUUUCGGCUGGCUCACUGCAGUCAGCAUACAUUUUUGAGACGGACAUCAAGUCUUCACCCUUUAAAAGCCAAAUAGGAGAGAAAGAGAUUAGAAUUCCAAAAGCCGGAUAUCUCGCGGUAGGCGAAAAGAGUAAAGGCUUUAACAAUCUUCUUUCGGCAACGCCCUCCGCACCACAGAUUGGCAUCACGGAGGUGGACUAUAAGCCAAACUUUGGUUUCAGCCACCAACCAGGAGUAGAACGCGAAGCUUCUCAAUCGAAAAAAAUGUUGUCCCAGCUUGUCAGCCAAGGAAAUAAGACAAAAUGCAAAAACUGGUUUAAUGAAUGCGACGGCCUUGGGAAACCAAUUUCAAAUACACUUAGACUUUUAAACAAUUUGGUGCUGGUCACUUCAGAAACUGGGCUCAGGAGCGUAAAUAACACAACCUCUGCAAAGCUUUUGAUGCCGCCGCGAAAACGAAAAGAGAAACAAGCGGCACAUGGAUCUUGCUCUAUUUUUAUUCACGGUUCGAGCAGAUCAAAAUUCGUUACUGCCCCCCAACAAACAAAACUGCAUUUUAAGGUUUCGCAUGGUGCUUUACAAGAAGCUCUCAACACAGAUUUGGACUUUAAAUAA